UCAGACCCACCCUGCUCGCUGUUCAGUCAUGGCGGGUCAGGAAUGUGCGCUCCAUGUUUUACAAGGCAUUGUAAUACCGUGUUAAAACUAACCAAUUGGGAAAAUAAUGAUGUGGGUUUGAUCGAGGUUUACCAAGCAAUGUAAUGGGCAGCAACUCAAGUAAACACAAGAAACGGGUGCCAAGCCAGGAGAGACGACGCAAUCAAGGCUGGCAUGGCCUUCUCUCCAAUAUUGGAAUAUCCUUUACUGAUGGACUUCGCCACCUUGGCCCACCUGUUCUGGCCACACAGGGCAUGGUGCUCGGCAGCGGAGCCCCAAUCCCUGAGGACCUCCUCCCCCCAGGACACAGCCCUCAGAAGCCUGGCAUGGAGUCGACUCUCCCUGGCUUCAUCUCUGUCUUUCUGCCUGAGUUCCCACACCGUACAUUUACUGGGCAAGACGAUUUCCAGAUCCUGGGCUUCAUAGCUAAAGGCUCCUUUGGUCCUAUCUUGAAAGUAAAGGACAGGUCGAAGGAGAAGACUUAUGCCGUUAAGGUUUUACCCAAGUCUGAGAUACUGAAGCAUGGGGUCCUGGAACAGUCAAAGGAGGAGGUCAUCAUUCAGCGGCAGCUCAGCCACCCAUUCCUCCACAAUCUGCAGGACUGCUGGCAGACCCAGCGCCACCUCUUCAUUAUGUGUGAGUACUGCAGUACUGGAGACCUGUACACCUACUGGAUACUGAAGGGCCAGUUUGGGGAUGAUGAGGCCCGGGUGUUCGCUGCAGAGCUAGGCUGUGCUUUGGGUUUCCUUCACGACUUUGGGAUCAUGCAUAGGGAUGUGAAGAUGGAGAAUGUCCUUCUGUCUGACCAAGGUCACCUGCGUUUAGCUGACUUUGGACUUUCUCGCCGUCUUGAGCGGGGCGCAAGAGCAUUUACAAUUUGUGGGACAAUCCAAUACAUGGCUCCUGAAGUCCUGAGUGGGGGUCCCUACAGCCAUGCUGCUGAUUGGUGGUCUCUCGGCAUUCUGUUGUUCUCAAUGGUGACUGGAAAGUUCCCUGUACCUCCAGAGCCAGACCACUGCAACAUGCUGAGAAAGGUCAGAGACUGCCCAUACUCCAUACCCAAGACCUUCAGGCCUGCACUAGCCCUUCUGCUCACAGAGCUCCUAUGCAAGAACCCAGCCCAUCGCCUGCAUAGCCUGGAGCGCUUCAAAAGGCAGAUGUUUUUCCAUGGCACUUCCUUUGACUCUCAGCUACUACAGAAGAGACCUGUUGAAUUAAUUCUUGAACUGAAGAACCAUCCUGAUCGUCCAGUCAAAGCAAUGCGGGGCCUGUCUAUGGACUACUUCCAGAACUUUGACUGUGACAUCCUCCACUCCCCUACCAGCCCCACUGACCUGUCACCUACCUUGGCCAACAUUGACCUGAGCCAGGCUCUGGCUACAGCUCAGGGUUGUAGUGAAUGAGAUGUGCCUGUUCUACUUUGCCUCAAUACUGCCUGCAAAUUAAUGGAAACAUUUGAUAUAUACUUUGUACCGCAUGUAUACUUGGUUGUGAAAAAGCUACUGUACAGUGCAUUUGGAAAGUAUUCAGACUCCUUCACUUUUUCCAUAUUUUGUUACGUUUCAGCCUUAUUCUAAAAUGUAUUAAAUUGUUUUCUUCCCUCUUAAUCUACACACAAUACCACAUAUAGACAAAGCAAAAACAGGCUUAGAAAAUUUUGCAAAUGUAUAAAAAUAUAAAAACUGAAAUAUCACAUUUACAUAAAUAUUCAGACCCUUUACUCAGUACUUAGUUGAAGCACCUUUGGCAGUGAUUACAGCCUCAAGUCUUCUUGGGUAUGACACUACAAGCUUGGCGCACCUGUAUUCAGGGAGUUUCUCCCAUUAUUUUCUGCAGAUUCUCUCAAGCGUUGUCAGGUUGGAUGGGGAGUGUCGCUGUACAGCUAUUUUCAGGUCUCUCCAGAGAUGUUCGAUCUGGCUCGGGCUCUGGCUGGGCCACUCAUGGAUAUUCAGAGACUUAUCCCGACGCUGCUCUUGCAUUGUCUUGGCUGUGUGCUUAGGGUUGUUGUCCUGUUGAAAGGUGAACCUUCGCCCCAGUCUGAGGUCCUGAGCACUCUGGAACUUGUUUUAAUCAAGUGUAUCUCUGUACUUUCCUCCGUUCAUCUUUCCAUCCUGACUAGUCUCCCAGUCCCUGCCGCUGAUAAACAUCCCCACAGUAUGAUGCUGCCACCACCAUGCUUCACUGUAGGGAUGGUGCCAGGUUUCCUCCAGACGGGACGCUUGGCAUUCAGGUCAAAAAGUUCAAUCUUGGUUUCAUCAGACCAGAGAAUCUUGUUUCUCAUGGUUUGAGUGCUUUAGGUGUCUUUUGGCAAACUUUUACAGAGGAGUGGCUUCCGUCUGCCCACUCUACCAUAAACGCCUAAUUGGUUGAGUGCUGCAGAGAUGGUUGUUCUUCUGGAAUGUUCUCCCUUCUCCACAGAGGAACUCUGGAGCUCUGUUGGAGUGUUCGGGUUCUUGGUCACCUCCCUGACCAAGGCCCUUUUCCCGCAAUUGCUCAGUUUGUCCGGGCAGCCAGCUCUAGGAAGAGUCUUGGUGGUUCCAAACUUCUUCCAUUUAAGAAUGAUGGAGGCCACAGUGUUCUUGGGGACCUUCAAUGCUGAAUAUUUUCUUUGCCACGCUACCCCAGAUCUGUGCCUCAACACAAUCCUGUCUCAGAGCUCUACGGACAAUUAAUUUGACCUCAUGGCUUGGUUUUUGCUGUGACAUGCACUGUCAACUAUGGGACCAUAUAUCGACAGGUGUGUGCUUUUCCAAAUCAUGUCCAAUCAAUUGAAUUUACCACAGGUGGACUGCAAACAAGUUGUAGAAACAUCUCAAGGAUGAUCAAUGGAAACAGGAUGCACCUGAGCUCAAUUUCGAGUCUCAUAGCAAAAGGUCUGAAUACUUUUUUUAUAUACAUUUUCAAACAUUUCUAAAAACCUGUUUUUGCUUUGUCGUUAUGGGGUAUUGUGUGUAGAUUAAGAAAAAUGUAUUCAUUACAUUUUAGAAUAAUGUUGUAAUGUAACAAAAUGUGGAAAAAGUCAAGGGGCCUGAAUACUUUGCGAAUGCACUGUACAGUUGUGGCCAAAAGUUUUGAGAAUGACACAAAUAUUAAUUUCCACAGAGUUUACUGCUUCAGUGUCUUUAGAUAUUUUUGUCAGAUGUUACUAUGGAAUACUGAAGUAUAAUUACAAGCAUUUCAUAAGUGUCAAAGGCUUUUUUUGACAAUUACAUGAAGCAAAGAGUCAAUAUUUGCAGUGUUGACCCUUCUUUUUCAAGACCUCUGCAAUCCACCCUGGCAUGCUGUCAAUUAACUUCUGGGCCACAUCCUGACUGGUGGCAGCCCAUUCCUUCAUAAUCAAUGCUUGGGGUUUGUCAGAACUUGUGGGUUUUUGUUUGUCCACCCACCUCUUGAGGAUUGACCACAAGUUCUCAAUGAGAUUAAGGUCUGGGGAGUUUCCUGGCCAUGGACCAAAAAUAUCGAUGUUUUGUUCCCCGAGCCAAUUAGUUAUCACUUUUGCCUUAUGGCAAGAUGCUCCAUCAUGCUGGAAAUGGCAUUGUUUGUCACCAAACUGUUUGUCACCAAACUGUUCCUGGAUGGUUGGGAGAAAUUGCUCUCGGAGGAUGUGUUGGUACCAUUCUUUAUUCAUGGCUGUGUUCUUAGGCAAAAUUGUGAGUGAGCCCACUCCCUUGGCUGAGAAGUAACCCCACACAUUAAUGGUCUCAGGAAGCUUUACUGUUGGCAUGACACAGAACUGAUGGUAGUGCUCACCUUGUCUUCUCCGGACAAGCUUUUUUCAGGAUGCCCCAAACAAUCGGAAAGGGGAUUCCUCAGAGAAAAUGACUUUACCCCAGUCCUCAGCAGUCCAAUCCCUGUACCUUUUGCAGAAUAUCAGUCUGUCCCUGAUGUUUUUCCUGGAGAGAAGUGGCUUCUUUGCUGCCUUUCUUGACCCCAGGCCAUCCUCCAAAAGUCUUCGCCUCACUGUGCGUGCAGAUGCACUCACACCUGCCUGUUUCCAUUCCUGAGCAAGCUCUGUACUGGUGGUGCCCCGAUCCCGCAGCUGAAUCAACUUUAGGAGACGGUCCUGAAGCUUGCUGGACUUUCUUGGGCGCCCUGAAGCCUUCUGCAGAAUUGCAGUGGAAAUGUUUUGGGGGGGAUUCAGUUCAUUUGCAUGGCAAGAGGGACUUUGCAAUUCAUUGCAAUUCAUCUGAUCACUCUUCAUAACAUUAUGGAGUAUAUGCAAAUUGCCAUCAUAUGAACUGAGGCAGCAGACUUUGUGAAAAUCUAUAUUUGUGUCAUUCUCAACUUUUGACCACGACUGUGUUUUCUUUAUUUACUUUACCUAUUUGGCUCCCUCUCUUCCUCUGUAUACCUCUUUGCAUACCCAUUUAAUGGAGUGAUAAAUAUAGAUGAGCUUUAAUACACUGAAAACCACCAUUUACCAAAAAGGGUUUAUAACAAUUAUAUUUCCCAUUGAGAUUAACAGUACUGAAACUCAAAGCCUCUCAAGGCACAGCACACUAUUUUAAAAUGUGGAUCAAACACCUGCAUGUUUGACCUUUUACCUUUAUCAUUACAUUUAUAUAAAAAUAUCUCUAUUUUCCUGAAAAUCCGUUCACAUAUAUUUUUUUAACAAUGUUUUCUUCUGUGUAAUUUUAUGUUUGAUUGCCUAAUUUUAUGUUUGAUUGACUGUUGUGUGACUGAUCACAAUGCCUUUGACUGUUCACGAAGUCUUGCUGUAUACCCAUUUCUCAUUAGAUUUCACUCAUUUUUUAUGUGUUUUACCCAACCACAGUAACAGCUGAAUAAUGAAAACCCCUAUAAACUCA